AAAAAACCGCCCACCUCUUGUUUAUCAAAGGCAACAACCUUGCAUCACCCCAAUGCAUCUUGCGAUACAUCAGAAACCCCUCCGCACAUUUCUAAUACCACUCUCUCGGUGAAUUUUUCACCUCAGUCAUCAUGUCCUUUCGUCGCAAACCCAGCGCGCCCACAGGGGCCGCCGCCACCCCCGAAACGAUAAACAUAACAACGCCCACCUCCAUCCAAACCACCUCGAAUACGCGGUCCCCCUUCUUCCCCACCCGCCUGGAGACACUCCUACUAUCAAUCUACCCAACGACCCUCAUCCUCGGCUCCGUCUUCUCCACCGUCUCCCCGCACACGCGGACGGCGCCGUACUCUACCACCCUCCAAUCGCACCCACCCGAGUUCGCACCGAGCUACUUCGCACAGAAGAAGAACGUCUUCAACGUCUACUUCGUAAAGCUGGGCUGGUUCUGGACGACCGUCGCUUUCUUCGUCUUCUGGACCUUCAACAGGAGCCUCGCAGCCGGGCGAGCGGACGGCGGGACGUGGCUCAGCAAGAGAAGGGUUCGCGCGUUCGCGAGAUACGCUGCCGUAACAUCGUGGUGGUGUUUUGUGACGCAGUGGUUCUUUGGACCGCCGCUGAUCGACCGCGGGUUUCGAUUCACGGGAGGCCAGUGCGAGUUACUUCGAGAUCCCGGGGCGAGGGAGGAAAUGAGCGAUACUAGAGAGUACAUCACCGCGGCGACUUGUAAGGCAGUCGGGGGAACUUGGAAGGGAGGUCACGACAUCUCUGGACAUGUGUUUUUGUUGAUCCUUGGUUCGGCGCUGUUGUGGUUUGAGUUCUUGCCUGCGCUCACUAGGGCCGAGGGCUUGAGGGACGGGAGGAGGAUCGCAUUGUCCGAUGGCAAGAUCGCGAGUGUGGCGGUCGAAAAGGAACAAGAUGACGACGCGAAGGAAGAAGGGGAGAUGAAGCAAGGCAUCAAGUUCUCUGUGGGCGUUGCCGCGUUGAUGUGGUGGAUGUUAUUAAUGACGGCGGCAUAUUUCCACACCUGGUUCGAGAAAUUCACCGGCCUCUUGGUCGCAUUCAUUGGUCUUGGAACAGUCUAUUUCCUGCCCAGGGGCUUGCCGGUUCUCAGGCUUGUUCUAGGUAUGCCGGGGGUUUGAGGUUGUUUAGAAGCUGGGCUUAUACGUACGGGCAUUAGUAUGUGCCUAUUAUGACCGUAAGAGGUUGAUCAGAGGCAUUCCUUCUCCGUUCCUUGAGGUUGAUACCCUACAUGCAGCCACUAAUCGUAUUCCAAACCUGCAUAUACAACAACGAACGAAUCAUCGUUAUAGUCUGCGUCAUCAUCAUCACGAAUGUAAUGUAUAUUAAGAUAUCAUAGCAUUGCGAGUAGCUAGAAUCGUGCUUUACGUACCAAAACCCAUUCAUCAUGUACCAUCUUGCCUGAACAUAAGG